GUGAGUGAUGAGUGUGGUUAGGGUUUUCUUGGGUCGAUGUAAACAUUCCAAAUCCAAUCAUCAACUGUGACUAUUCGUGAAAUCACUGGUGCUAUCAGGUCACAUCAGUAUUCCUCGAGGUUCCCGAGUUUCUGGCGUACACUGAUUAGUGAAAAUUUGCUCAAGUCUGUGUAGAGAACAUCGAGAUGUGAAUUUGAGUCGGUGAUGGUCGCGGCAUCGACCGUUCUAGAAAGCAAGUUCCUUAUUGAAUGUCGUCGAGCACCACUAGAAGAAACAAUUUUCCCACCCUGCAUAGGCAGGAAUUGGAAUCUCCAUGUCAGCAGAGUUACUAGAUUAUUUAAGUGGAACCUCAGCAUGAUUUAACCUGCUUCCAGAAUACAGCUGUUUGUUGUACGGCCAACCUAACCUAACCACUCAUUGGUUUGUGAUAAAGAUGCAAUCAACUGGUCUAUUGGUGUGAUGAACCUGUCUUCCGCUUUGAGCUUCUCGUCUGCCCCAGAUUUCUUCCUCAGCUUGAUAAAACCGAUUCAGAAGUACGAUUUUACUUUGACUCCACCAGUCUCUGCAUCUUAACUGAGUUCCUUCACUACAGCAAAAGCAUUGGGCGUGGUAACUUAAUCCUGACUUCAAUUCUUUGAUUGGUUUGUGAAAUAACUGAUACAUUGAGACUGGUCAUACACAGGUGACGCCUGACAGGGAAUUUUUUAGUUCUGCCAUUUUUAUUUUUUUCUGGAAAGGCAGUUCACUUAAUGUGCAUGUUAGAGGCUUUUGUAAUAUCAGCUAUGAUGUCCUGUCAAUUUAAAGUAGAAUAAAAAAUUGAAACACAAUACUAUUUCUCAGAAGUUGUGUUGUCUUCUGGAAGUGACCCAGUUUUAUCUAAGAAUUUAAUCUGCUGUGACUAUAAUACACUAUGCUCCUUGAUGGAAACAAUUAGAUUCCUGACACAAAAGUCUAAUGCAAAUCUGACCAAGCAGCGUCCACUCCAGGACUGCUGUUGAAAGGACAAGUUCACUAGUUGUGCUGGGAAGCCGUUGGUUUGUUACAAAAAUUGUCUGUGUGGAACAAUCAGAUUUUAAGUGCCUACAUUGACACUGGAAGAAUUUAAAGUAGUUAGUAUUUUCCUGAAGUUGUAAUUUCUUCUGGAAGUCACCCAAUUAUGUCUUUGAACUUCAGCUGUUGAGGCUACUCCACAUUGGUUUUAGAAUUAAACCCCAUUACAAAUACUAUUACAAGCGGAAAUCACUUUUUCACUUUUAUGAAUCGGACUCUGCAUCUGAUGCAAGUUAUAUGUCGAGGUCAAAUUGAUUUGAAAUUCUGACUUGGCAUAACUGGAACCCCUCCUAGGCCUGCUGUUCCGUGAAGGCCGAGGAAUCGGAGGACCUUGAAAGACAGGACCAUGGAGAGAAGCACCCUAGCUGAAGGGUCCCCAGCGCCCAGCCCGCAGCUCAGCAUCAGCAGCACCGGCGAUGCGGGGCAGGGGAAGAAGGCUUCGCGGCAGACGCGCAGCAGGAAGGCGAGUCUGGACUCCAAGCUCGGCGAGUCCGGGAACAAGGCGGCCCCGCGGAAGAAGCAAGCAGGCAACUCCAAGGCGAGGCAACACGUGAUCCUUGGAGGACAGGACCAUGGAGACGACUCGGACGGAAGCUCAGUUGAAGUGUUGUUCACAGGACCCCCAGCGGCCACCCCGCGGCUCCGCAUCAGCAGCACCUCUUCCCUGGCCGGCCCGGCCGGCGAUGCGGGGCAGGUGAAGAAGGCUUCGCGGCAGACGCGCAGCAGGAAGGCGAGGCUGGACUCCAAGCUCGGGGAGUCCGGGAACAAGUCUCGGGACAAGGCGGCCCCGCGGAAGCACCGAGCAGGCAACUCCAAGGCGAAGCAACACGUGUGUCCAGUGUGCGGCAAGGACUGGCCAUCAGCUUCCAAGCUGGAGAGACACGCGACGAAGCACACCGGAGAGAAACCGUUCGAGUGUGAUGUGUGCGGGAAGAAGUUUGGUGUGAAGGGUAACCUUGAUGUGCACAUGAGAGUUCAUACUGCAGAGAAGCCGUACGAGUGCGACGAGUGUGGGAAAAACUUUUCGAUGAAACAAAGUCUUGAAUGGCACAUGAGGAUCCACAGCGGUGAGAAGCCCUACGAGUGUGAUUUGUGUGGGAAGAAGUUCACUCUGAAAGGUACUCUUGAUGUGCACAAGCGGGUUCACGGUGGUGCGAAGCCGUACGAGUGCGACGAGUGUGGGAAAACGUUCUUGACUAAACAAAGUCUUGAAUGGCACGGGAGGAUCCACACCGGGGAGAAGCCCUACGAGUGCAGCGUGUGCCAGAAGAAGUUCACUCUAAAGGGAACUCUUGAUACGCACAUGAGGGUUCACACUGGUGAGAAGCCUUACGAGUGCGAGGUGUGCUUUAAAAAGUUCACUCAUAGAAGUCAACUGUCUCUGCACAGGAAGGUGCACGCUCCGGAGACUCAAACUGCAGACAACGGAGAUUGUAUUUAGAAUUUAAGUCGAGUGUACGAAUUCAAUUCUUAUGUAGUUUUUAGAGUCCUCUGCAAAGAUUUCAUGUGCUCUGAUUUUGUUUUGCAUGCCCUUUGUAAUGUGUCCAACGACACUGGGAGCAAUUUUGAAAUAGUGUUUGCUUAAACAACCAUCAAACCACCAGCUUGUGUCGAAUUUUAAAGGGCAAGCUGAGGUCUCCUCGCUUGGUAAAUGUAAUAAAAUUUUGUCUUUCCAAUCAAGUGUGAGAGAAAGUGCUCCAUUGGUAGACGCAACGUUUCGCUACAAAAAAAAAAAAAAAAAAAAAAAAAUAGGCACUAACCGAGCAAUAUGUUUGCUGGUUUGCUAUUUCAGUGAGAGGUGAAACAUCUUGCAGAGUUCGUGCGUUGUUGUGACCGUCUAAAAUAAGUGCAAGUCACCAGGUUAGGUUUGCCUUUGCAAUCACUAAUUCUGUCAUGUCAUUCAUUGUUAAUUUUUCGGGUUGUCUCUUUCAUGGAACGGACUUUUUUUUUACGGUGUUACAACGUUGGUCGGAAGUAACAUUGAAUUUUAACUUGUUGUUGACCAUUUUGUCAUUGAUUUUCGUUUAAAGUCAGUCAUUUGCGUGUUGUAUACGUCGUGUAGUAUGUUAAUUAACAGCCUUUGUUUGGGGGGAAGUGUGUAAUCUCUAUGCAAACCGUCACUAUUUGACAUUUAAGCUACCGAUUAGCGCCGGCAUUUUUAACCUAGCGAUCAUAGUGGGCGAGUAGUGUGGUAAAAUAAAAUGGCCUGCACGAUCCGACGCCACUCCAUGUAACAUAGUCACUCUCCAUGCCUGAUGUACUGUUGUAAAUAAACUCAUUCGGUCCAAAACAGCAAUCCA